AUGACGCCCACAUUUUGGCUGAUCAUCCUUUUGAUGAUUUCAUUAAAGAAACAUCCUGUUUGGUGUGAAAAAAAAAAAUUCUCAUUUUUCUUAAGUGAAGUAAUAAAUAAAUACAACAGCAGCAAUGGAAGAAGUGAGCGGAAUAACAACACGUCUUAUUCUACGCGAUCAAGUUUUUUGAGAGAACAAAAAAAAAAAAAAAAAAAUUUUAUUCAAAAUGGGAGACGUUUAUCUCUAAACAGUAAGACGCCAAGUGUAUUAUGCGAAUUUAAUGUAGACGCAGAGAAGAAGAUAUAUUUUCAGAACUUAUUUAACUUCAGUUUGAUAGACUUACUAAACAUCUUUAAGCUUCUACUGCAGCUGAGGAAGGUAACUUUAUACAAGCAUAAUGACAACAUAUCAUUUACCGUGAGGGGAAUGAAAAAGGGAGACAACUCUUAUAAAAGCACAAUUCGCACUUAUCUGCUAUUUUUAAAAAAAUAUUUAUCGAGAAAUGAGCAUGGGGAAGACGAACUUUUAGAGUUGUUUAGACGUCUCCAAUUUGAGAAGCAAACGGAAAAGCAAAUCGACGUUAGAACAAGUUAUGGUGGAACGGGUAGUGAAGACAUUCCCACCGAUGGUUAUGCUGGAAAGGGGGCAGAAGCAUACCCCACGUGGGGGUUGGACAAAAAACAAUGGACCCUUAUGUACAUUUUAAAAAAAAUUAUGCGCAAGCUGAAUGUUGACAUAAGGCAAAAAGGAUACAUAAACAAUGUGCGCGAUAAAUCAUUCCUAUUUAAAUUUCUUGUAAACAAAAAAAAAUUUCGCAUUUUAUCAUUUUAUAAGAAAAUAAAAGGGGUGUACUACUUGUGCCGAAAUGUUAUGUACGUGCAGGUAAACAGCCACCUGCAGAAAGACAUAGCAGUAAUGAACCUCGUAUCGGCGAAUAAAUCAUUCUUAGAAAUUGGGAAAAGCAAAAUAGCAGUUGAUCCUUUUUACAUAAAAUAUUAUUAUAAGUAUCAUCUGAAUAAGUUGCUCCGCUUAUCUGAACAGUUGUUCUUCACGGGGGGUAAACUUAUCGACCAGGGGAAUUUAAUACAUCUUUCAAAAAUAGAAAUGUGUACUGGAAAAAGUGAGGAACGGGGUCAAGAUGAGCUUUCUUCGCAGGAGAACAUCCCCAUUUGGAGUCAUCAGACUAUCCCAAGUGAAGCAAAUAAUAAAGAUAGCUCAAAGAAUGACCGAAUGGCACGUUUGAAAAAGGACGGCAUAAACAUUAAGGUGAUCAACGUGUACCUGAAUGGGAAAUUCUCCUCCACGUUACCACUCGUCCUAACAUACAACAUAAAUAAAGAUAUUUUUUACUUAAACGAAUUGUUAUACCUCGAUGGAAGCAAGUAUGACGUCAGGAGCAUACUCACACGAAGGGAGAUUUAUUUUAAUAAUUUAUCCUUUUUUCAGUCGAAAAAUUUCAGCUACCUGAACAAUGAGAAUAUUAUCCUAAAUAGUGACAAACUUCAUUUCGACUUAAAUUAUGUUCUUCUGUUUUACCACUUAUAUUUCAAUGAGCGGGAAAAAUUGUGCAUCCGUCCGCAUAUAAAUCCGACCUUUUAUUUUUACCCCCGCGGAGGUAGUAAGAAAGGGGCGAAUCAAAAAAGGGUGGAGAGGAUUGUAUACCGGGCUGAUAAGAAUGUCCUUAAUUUCGUCUUUUGA